AUGCAUCAGUACCAACAAGAUUUGGUUUCUGUUAAUGAGAGCCUGCCUACCAAUAAGGACCCAUUGGACCCAUUCUUACAACCAAUUUGGGUGUUCACAGACCCUCUGAGAUUGUUAAGUGCAGCUCACGAAGCUGUGACUGAAUUGUCAGCAACAUCAGCAGCAUUCUUGGUUGCAGAGACACCCAUACACUCAUCACACAGACUCCCAGCAUUCAUUCCCACUCCUCUGACACCGACACAUAAAAGGAAACAUGAUCUGUUGGACCACUAUCCUGAGUCAGACAAGGAACAAAUGUACCAAGCGGCACUACAGGAUGCAUAUAAAUGUGAGUCCAAAUACAAAAGUGCACUCCUUGGGAUGCAGUCAACAGUAGUCCUGCAAUCGAUUUUCUGUGACUGCUUGUCUAAUCAGCUUGCGGCACAAGAGGAGAAGAAAAACGGCAAGAAAAAUGCACCAUUGGUGGGUGAUGGGAUGCCAAGGUUACUCACUGGCGAUGUGUUCUACAAUCAAGUAUCUGAGCAUCAAAGAGCAGCAGAGAAAGAAGCAGCAGCAAAGGAAGUUUGUCAGAUCAAAAGGGAGGGGAGAGCAGCAGCUAUGGCAGUAUGGAAAGAAGCGGAGGCAGCAUGGCUGAAGAGAAACAAGGAAUGUCAAGCCACAUACAAAGAUGAAAUGAGGCUGUGGGAGGAGGAGAGAGAUUGCGCCAAGCUCAAGAAGUGUUGGCCAAGGUGGAAAAAACCGAAACAGGGCAAAUUAGAGUCGCUGAUACCCAAACCAACUCUCAGUGAUGCUGAAGAAGAUGACGAAAAUGGUGCAAACAAAGACGAGGAGAUUGAUUGUGACAAUGAUUCUGAUGGUGGGAGCUCUGAGGUUUGA